AUGCACCAUUGCACGUACCCGGGCGCAAAUCCUUUCCUGCGUCUCCCAAAACCGCACCUCGGCGGGCUCCUGAGCCACAGGCUGUGCCGCUCCCGGGACAAACCGCCCGCCACCACUUUCUGGGAACCUCCCUUAACUUCAAAGAAAUUUUCCCCCUACUGCCGUCACCCAGGUUUCCAAAGGCAGCUGCCGAGGUCCUCCCGGGCAGGAAGAGAGGACGGAGGAAGGAGCCGAGAGCCUCGGGCGGUGCCUCCAGGCUUCCGUCCUCCCGGCGGGGUCAGGCUCACCCGCGCCCGGCGCCCACUGCCCAUCUCCGCCCGGAACCCUCCUCAGACACAGGAAUGCGUCCGGGGAAGGCGCGGCAGGGAUGGCUGCUCUCGGCCAAAUACAUUUAUUUUGCUGGCAGCAUCCAUGAUACUGGACAUCACAGCUCAUCCAUACCAACCAGGAGGCUACCACAAAACUUGGACUGAAGAGCCUCUCCAAGAAAAGUGGAAGGGACCAUAUCAAGUGCUGCUAACCAUCAAUACUAGGGGCAGCGUUCGAUCUCAGCACUACCAAGGAGCAGCUGGCAGAAGCAGGGGAAGCCGGCAGAUUCGACCUUGGUGCCGAAUUGCAGCGUAGCAGUGUCCUGGAGCCGAAUGCACAACUAUCCCACAGCACCGCGGGUGUCCCACAGCACUGCGCGACCGCUCCCUCUGCUCCGCAGAAACGGCAGGAAGGGGGGAAGGACUCUUCCCCUGCAGUGAAGUCUCGGGCAGAGCCCAAAACUUCUCACACAACAUCCCCAGUGUUAUAAAUAAAUAUGUAUUUGUUGGCUUUUGCUAUGAUUUAUUGGCUUUUACAAAUUAUAUUGCUAUAGUAGAUUUUGUAAUCUCUUUUUAACUGCUUUUAAUAGAGAAUAAUUUGUCAGCCUUUUAUGGUUGCCG